AUUUAAUUAUGGCUCCAAUUCUUGGCUAUUGGAAACUUCGAGGUCUUGUUGAACCGAUUCGCUUAUUAUUAGCUCAUGUCGGCCAAGAGUACGAAAUGAAAAGCUACUCUUUUGGACCUGAGCCCGAUUUCGAUCGGAGUGAAUGGCUUGACGAGAAAUUCAAUCUCAAUCUCGACUUUCCUAAUUUACCUUAUUACAUAGACGAGGAUGAAGGUGUUAAAAUCACUCAGACUGUGGCUAUACUACGGUACUUAGCUCGAAAACAUGGAUUGAUUGGUGAAUCAGAUGAGGAGAUAAUUAAAUUGGACAUGACUGAACAAUUUACAAUGGAAUUAAUUUUGUCCUGUGCUAAAGUUUGGUACACUAAAGACGAAGAGACUUUUGAACAGUUAAAAGGUGAACUAUCGGCUAAUUUGAGUGUUAAAUUAUCUCAACUCGCAAAAUUGAUUGGUGAAAAUCAAUACCUGAUCGGUGAUCGAGUUACUUACGUUGACUUUAUGCUGUAUUCAUUUUUGGACUACAUUCGUCUCUUUGAUUCGAGUAUAUUUGAAGAUGAAAAUGUAUCAACAAUUAACGAAUAUUUAUCACGAAUCGAAGCUCUACCUGAAAUCGAAAAAUAUCUUUCAUCGGAAGAUUUCAGUCGAUUCCCAUUCAGUGGACCUAUGGCUCGAUUCGGUUCAUCCGAACCAAGUGAAUAAUCAGCGAAUCGACGAUCCUCAAGAAUUUUCUCUUAGCAAAGAAAAAGUUCUGAGUCAAUAUAAUUAAUCUAUCGAAUUGAUCUUAGACUUGAUUCCAACUUAUUGCCGCAAGCUUACAAUUCAACUAACAUACACUGUCAUUAAGUUAAUCGUAAUUAACUUUCCGAUUGUUAUUUAAACUUCAUUUUCUGUCUCUAUGAUUACUAUUAAUACAAUUGUAUUGAUCUAGCCAUGAUUUUGCCUGCUACAAAUAAUUAAAAUUUAGAGUCACAUUGAACUGAUUGUUUCCAUGAGACACAUUCAAUUGUUAAUUAUAUAAAUCGAUUUGUCAAUUAAAAAUCAAAUCUCAACUAAA